AAGUUAUCGCAGGAGAAACUGGUGUCGCAGGUGAAGAAGACACUCAACUCGACAGUCCAAGAGGAAUCCACGUUGAUCGUGAAGGGAAUCUCUUCGUGGCUGAUUCUCUCAAUCAUCGAAUUCAAAAAUUUAAGCGGGGUUCUCGCAUAGGUGUGACAGUGGUUGAUGGAUGUGAAAAAGAGACUUCUGGUGGUGAAACAAUGAAAUGGCCGUCAGCUGUUACAGUCGAUUCUGAUGGCAACAUCUAUGUGGCCGAUGAGUUCAAUCAUCGAAUUCAAAAGUAUGGCGCCGAUCCAAAUUCUGGAAUCACAAUAGUCGGUGGUAAUGGUGCUGGUAGCAAACCAAAUCAAUUAAUCUAUCCCAGUUCAUUCGCCUUGGAUGCGAGCGGCAAUAUCUACGUCGCUGACCGAUUCAACAACCGUCUACAAAAGUUUGACGUCGUUCCAUGCGUUACUGCUGUUGCCGUUCUCUCAUCUGAUAAUGGUUCUCAAGUCCACGGUGAAAUUCAAAUCACUCAAAAACAGUCAGGUUCACCUUUAAUUAUUGAAGGAACGAUUUAUAAUUUAAAAAGAAAGUCUCAACAUGGUUUGCAUGUUCACGAAAGUGGAGAUUUGUCCAAUGGGUGUGUAUCGGCUGGCGAGCAUUUCAACCCCCGCAACGUCAACCACGGUAGUGAGAACAGUACAGUUCGUCAUCCAGGAGAUCUCGGGAAUGUUCGGACAGAUGCAGAGGGCGUUGGUCGAAUACAUCUCGUCAUCCAUGAUGCAGAACUCUUCGGACAUGAAGGCUGGAUAGGUCGAUCGAUUGUUGUUCAUGCCAAGAUGGACGAUCUUGGACUCUCUGAUAAUGAAGGAAGCAGAAGUACUGGUAAUUCCGGCGAUCGACUUGCUUGUGGAAUCGUGGGUAUUAAAAAUCCAACGGGACGUUUACCUGAUGAAAAAACACCACCCAGUCACAAUUAA